AUGCCGUUCGAAAAAGUAUGUUUUUUUUUCCUUGAGCAAAGGUUAAUUUUGAAUUUUCACAGUUUACCGAAUGCAACAGGACUAUUUGGGCUCCCAAAAACGCAAUUAUCAAAUCCGAAUUGAUAAAGAAAUACCCGGAAUCUUCAGUAAUUUUCACAAAUGGAGUUUUCUUUGAAAAUCAUCAAGAAGAAGAGGUUGGUUCCCAUCUCAAAAAUAGCUCCAAUUUUCAAUAAGCAAUUUCAGAUUUUAAAAACCGGAGUAGGCAACAUUUUCGGUUUGCGGUUUGUGGAGCAAUUACAAUUAUAUCGCUGUGAUUUGACCGGAAAAGAUUUGAAUGUGGAGAUCGUGGAAAUUGACACAUUUGUCCAUUUAGAAUCUGGAGCUCAAGUGAGUUUGGGAGCGACUAGGAUUCAGAAUUUUGUUUAAGGCCAUAGAACGGGUGUUUGCCCUUUACAGAACAUAAAAAAUUCAAAGCCCACAACGUAUUGAAUAAAUUAAUAAUAAAAAAAUAAACACAACUCGGCCAAGCCGUGGCUAGCCAUAGUAAAUUUUUUGAAAAAUCUAAAUUUCAGUUUUAAGAGGUCAAAAAUUGAAAAAUCACAAUUUUUAGAGGACAAAAACUGAAAAAUUCACAAUUUUUAUACUGUAAAAAAUUAGCGUACAAUUUGUUAUUCUGGAAACCACGAUUUUGGCCGAGGUGUGUUAAAUAUACAAAAAUAAACAAAAAAAUUCCAGAUAACUAAAGGCACAACAACGCAAUUUAUCGACAACAAUUUUUUGUUUUUGGAAUCGUUUCAAAAAAAUCAAUAUUUUUUCAAUGAUUUGGUUCAUCUCGAUGAAGGAUCGCUGGAAAAAGAAGUUCCCAUGGAAAAUUUAGAACUCGAAAAUACUUUUGAAACUCUUAAAAGUACAUCAAAUUCACCAGCGAGGGAUUCAUUGUCGGAUGACUUGGUUUUGAUGGAUUUCGAAACAGAAAAAUCGGCCUCUGAUAACGAACAUCAGUUAUCUGAAUUUAAUGCAAUCAGAACAAGCGCUUCUACAGUUUCAACAACAUCAACAUUACCAGGAAGUUUUGCGUUGAAAAAUGAUGAGGAAGCAACCAAAUCAAAAAUGUCAAAGAAUCUCAAAAGAAGCCAAGUUUCAAACCAAAAAAAUAUUUCAAAAAAACAAAAAAAAAAUGAAAAUACAGAACAAGAAACUUCAUUUGAUUCGGAUAAUUCACUUGAUGACUCAAACCCAUCACCAAAUUCAAGUGGCAACAUUCGAAAAAAACUAGGUGUUCAAAUAAAUGUUGUAAAAAAGCAGAAGAAACCACGAAGAAAACAAGUCGAUAAAACAUUUGGCGAGAAGUUACGAUUUGAAGAGGCGAAAAAGACGAUGAAAAAAAUGUGUCACUUGAAGAUUCGAACCAAUUCAACUGAAAUGGUAAAAUAAACUAACGAGCUGUAUUACUAUAAUAUUUUUAAGGUCGAUGUUGAUAAGAUAGAAUUCAGUGCCGUUUUGAGAGAGGAUGUGACUGAUGAAGUUGAAAACAAUGUUUUUGGUUACAAAAACGACCAGUAAGAUAAUCUGAUUUUAGUAUUAAAAAAAAUGUGUUUUUUCAGUACUGGAAAGUAUAUCAUUUUGUCGGGACAAACAAAAAUCGAGCAACUGUGUGUCAAAAAUGGAAAAACUUCGGUCACUAUCUUCAAUGUAGAUGAAGCCAAUGCAAAUUUGGUAGCAAUUAUUCGAUCAAUGACCGUUAGAGAAUUCUCAACCGCGGAAAAGGUGCAUAAAAUCAUAGUUGUCUAUUGUAACCAAAACAUUUUAUUACAGAUGAAUCAUGUUCGAUUCAUUUUCGCAUCGGCUAAUUUUCGGUUUGAUUGGUUGCGCAAAUUGACAUGUAACAAGUUAAAAGAUCUGUUUUUCAUGUUUAAUAGAGUGAGUUUUUAUACAAAUUCAAUUAAAUUCCGAAAAUAAUUUGAAUUCUUACUGUAGAUUCAAUUUUCCAGUUUCAUACUGUAGAUUACUGUAGAUUAUUUCUUGAAAUUUAGAAUGAAACUAAAAAAAAUAAAUUUUCUGAAAAAAUUUCAAAAUUUCUCCGAAAAAAAUUGAAAAAUAAAGUCACGUAAAUUUUAUUUUUUGCGUGAUCGAGGCAUCAUGCCUCAAAAUGCUUCGAUUUUUCGAUUUUCAACAAAAUUUUUUCGACAAAAAAAUUCAAAAAAACAAAUUGAAGUUUUCUAAAUUUUAAUUAUUUUAAGUAAAUUACUGUAGAUUCAAUUUUCCAGUUUCAUACUGUAGAUCCAAUUUCUCAAGUUAUACUGUAGAUUUAAUUUUUCAGAUUCUUACUGUAGAUUAAUUCUUCAAAUUCUUACUGUAGAUUCAAUUUUCCAGUUUCAUACUGUAGAUUACUGUAGAUUAUUUCUUGAAAUUUAGAAUGAAACUAAAAAAAAAUAAAUUUUCUGAAAACAUUUCAAAAUUUCCCCGAAAAAAAUUGAAAAAUAAAGUCACGUAAAUUUUAUUUUUUGCGUGAUCGAGGCAUCAUGCCUCAAAAUGCUUCGAUUUUUCGAUUUUCAACAAAAUUUUUUCGACAAAAAAAUUCAAAAAAACAAAUUGAAGUUUUCUAAAUUUUAAUUAUUUUAAGUAAAUUACUGUAGAUUCAAUUUUCCAGUUUCAUACUGUAGAUCCAAUUUCUCAAGUUAUACUGUAGAUUUAAUUUUUCAGAUUCUUACUGUAGAUUAAUUCUUCAAAUUCUUACUGUAGAUUCAAUUUUCCAGUUUCAUACUGUAGAUUACUGUAGAUUAUUUCUUGAAAUUUAGAAUGAAACUAAAAAAAAUAAAUUUUCUGAAAACAUUUCAAAAUUUCCCCGAAAAAAAUUGAAAAAUAAAGUCACGUAAAUUUUAUUUUUUGCGUGAUCGAGGCAUCAUGCCUCAAAAUGCUUCGAUUUUUCGAUUUUCAACAGAAAUUUCUGAAAAAAAACAAAAAUUUUCCAAAAUACCGAAUGUAGAUUCGGAGUGUACAAUAAUUCCAUGAAAUAUUAAACAAUCAAAUUCCUUUUUUUGAAAAUAUCUUCCGACGUUUUUCUUUUUACAGGAAUUCUACCCGCCCUGGCUCAUUCGCAUUUCGGUGUUGGAUGAAAACGUUUUUUCUAUUCUUAAAAGCGUUAUGCGGAAAUUUUCGAAAAAUGGUGUAACAUUGGCUCGAAAAAUUCCGGGAAUUUACGAAACGAACCGCUCAAAACUUCUUGAAGUUUUACUGAAUUUUGACGCCAACCCAACAUCAAGAAUUACUGAUUUAGUGGAUGUAAGUAUUUUUCAAACUAAUGUUUUAAAGUUUUUUACAAUCACAUUGUAAUUUUUCAGGAGAUCAGAAAUUUGGAGGUAAACAACGCCACUGUUUUAUUGAGAAAAAAAUAUCCACGCCCUGUCGUUGAAAAAUUUUUGGAAAAUGCCAAUGAUCCACAGUUAACCAAAUUUUGCAGGUGAGGAAAACAUAAAAACGAUAGUAUUGUAAUUUUUCAGAAAUGUGAAAGGUGCAAAAACCUAUGACGGAAUAGUGGAAGAAUAUGAAUCAUUCAAAAAUUCAGGUUUUGGUAUUAGAUUCUGCGAUGACAUAGAGCCCUCAGAAGUUGGAUUUUUGAAUGCAAUGGAUUUGGUGAGAAAAUUAGAAGUUUACAAAUAACCCAUGCGAAAUUUUAUUUCAGGGUGGCUUAGAUGACUGGAUUUCAUACGAACAACAAUGUCAGAUUUUAUUUUUGGUGAACGAUGAGAGCGAAGUUUGUUCACUGAAAAAGUUUGUUUUGCUCAAAGAACCAGUAAUUAUCAACCAAACAAGUGAGUAGAAGAUGAAAAAUUAAUGCCCAGUCUCAAACCCACGUAUCUCUCCUAACGAAUACAUGUUUUCAGCAAUGAAACUUCUACCAAUUUCCAUUCGAGUUUAUGAGAAUGGAGAAAUCGUUGACGACGAAGAUCAAAUUACUGAAAUAAUUCUUCGAAAAUCAAAAAUUUCUACAGACCUUUUCGAAUUAAAAGAAUUUGUCGAAUUGAUCCCAAAGUUCGGAAGAACGUGUGUUAUAAACGAAUGUGGUGAGUAUCAAUUCCAAAAAUUGGAUUUUAAUACGUUAUUUUCAGAACUGGGAAUGAAUAUCUUGCGAAAAAUCGACAUAGGAGAGGCACAUUCUUCCAACAAAAUUUUCAACAAACUUGGAAACUUCAUAAAAUAACUUUCACUAGUAUAUUCUAUUUUUAUUUUUAUUUCGCGGUAUCAUUUUCCAUCAUUAUUAUUUUUAUCCUUUUUUACUGAAUAAAAACUCUAUGAAACAAUUUCAGAAUACAAAAUAAAAAUAAGUUUAAAAACAAGAAAAAAACGUAUGUAAAACAACAAUAAUCAUUGUAAAUUUUCAUAACGUGGAAUUAGUUCUUCCCUCUUCGCAAUAAUUAAUUUUAUAUCAUGGAAAUUUCGUGUAUCCUCUUUUUUAUGUUUUUUUUUUCUGGUUUUAUGCAAAAGUUCACUAUUUUUGAGACUACCCUCGCCUUAUAUCUAAGUUUCAAAAGAUAUAUGUGGCCGAACUAUUUUGGUGGCCGAGAAAUGUCGGGAAUUCGGCCAAAGCAACAAACUCGCUCUAAUGUUGCAAAAUUUAUCAUUGUUGGAGCGAGUUUGUUGCUCUGGCCGAAUUCCCGACAUUUCUCAGCCACGAAAAUAGUUCGGCCCAGGCCUGUGCCUGUGCGGAAAAUUGAAACCCGGAGAACGGAAAGUCGGAAAUUUAAUCCAACUGUUCACUGGUAAUUUAAUAACUAUUUGGGACGUCUUACAUUCAAAAAAUCGUAAAAUUCUGAAAAAUUGGAAAAAAAAUUCCAAAAUUUUUUUUUAAAGAUUUAAACCACACCAGCCGUGGCUGGCCAGAGUACAAUUUUUGGAAAAAUCUGAAUUUCAGUUUUUAUAGGACAAAAAUUGAAAAAUUCACAAUCUUCGUACUGUAAAAAGAUAGCAUACAAUUUUUUAUUUCGGAAACCAAGAUUUUGGCCGAGGUGUGAUUUGAACAUUUUUAAAAUUGCUCAUAAUCUUCGGGCCAUUUAAAUUCUAAAAAAUCCCUUUCUCAAUUUCCAGAGUCGAAACCCCGGCAUGGCGAAAAAACGAUUUCUGCGAAAAAUGCAACUCGCCAUUCUUCUGGAAUCUCCAAGCAAUGUGGCAACGAAAAGUCGUCGGAUUACGUCAACAUCAUUGUCGAACAUGCGGUGCAGCUGUAUGCGGAACAUGCUGCAAUAAUUGGACAAGUUAUCCACCAAUGGGUUUUGAGACGAAAAUUCGCAUUUGUAAUGAUUGCGACGCGAAAAUGAAGGAUAAUCCGCAGAAUUUUGAGUGAGUUUUUGGUUGAUUUUUUAGAAAUCUAAGUUCAUUUUCAGCUUAACUCCUUUGGCUGCAAAUCACGAGAUUCGCACCGGAAUCACUGCUAUGCAUCUCCAAGAAACACUCGGACUUUUGGCGACAAGUGGACAAAAUCGUGUUAUUAUGAUUUGGGAUGUCAAGAAUUUAUUGUAA